AUGAAGACCAUGAAGUCUCGCCGCGGCGGCAAUGAUCGCGGGGGAAUCCGCAAGCGGGGCCCUACUCGCACCGACCGGGAUGGCGACAUGGACAUGGAUGGGGGCGGUGCUCGUGCAAAGAGAAACCGUGCCGACAAGUCUGCCUUGGGUGGCCGCGCCGCCGGCACUGGCGCAGGUGGCCGGCCUGCAGGAAGCAACCGGGGCCAGGCUCGCAACAAGCCCAUCGAUUCGGAUCUGAUCCAGAGAGCCAUUUACAGCGCCGACAGCCAAGCAAACGUUCGAGAUCACAAGAAGAAAACUGGUGGCGAUCUGGAGCCGUUCAGUGUCCGAGGAUGGAAAUCAAGCAAGGCGGCAAGCAACCGUGAUGGCGGCCUAGAGAGCCUCAUUGCAUUCCUCGAACGACGAAUGAACUCAUUCAUUAAAUCCGGACCCCGCGCAAAGAUUACAAAGUCACGCACUGAAGGUGACACUCUUGUGGCAUUCGUUCGACCUGAUCUGGCGGGUCACAUGCUACGCAUCAACAACAAUGUCUUCGCCGGAGCUCAUGUUACUGUUGAAGCAUACACUGCUGCCAACGCACUCGAUCAGGAGCUGGCCGCAGCGGACCCCGUUCCUGGCUCGACCGCCGAUACUAAAACUAAGAUGACGACUAUCCUCGGCAAGCGCUUCUUCCCUGCUACAAAGCUACUCGACUUGUCGAAGCUGUCGGACGAUCCCGAUCUCCAAGCCAUGGGAAUCUUUUCCAAUGUCUCUACCAAGUCCAAGUUCUUCCCUGCUCUCAUGAAGGUCUGGGAACUGGGCUUCAAGACUGUAGCUGAGCGACGUGAGGCGGUUGAAAGUGUCAGCCUGGCCGACAACAAGCUCAGCAACAUCAGCUCUGUCACGACCCUUGCACAAUCUUUCCCCGAUAUCCAGUAUCUGGACCUCUCAAAGAACAACAUCAAAAAUCCACAGGCAAUGAUUGGAUGGCGCUGGAAAUUCCGCGACCUUAUCUUCCUUGACCUGACUGAAAACGAGAUCAGUUCUGACCCGACUUUCAAGGACACCAUGCUCAAGUGGUAUCCCAAGCUGCAGACUUUGAACAACGUGCAAGUGCGAACCCCGGAAGAGGUCGCAGCUCAGAAGAGGACACCGAUCCCCGUCUUGCCCCCUCACUUCAUCGACGAAUCUCAAGUCGGCGAAAAUUUCGUUCGUGCUUUCUUCCCUGGCUACGACAACGAUCGCAACGGCCUCGUCAGCAGUGUUUACGAUGAUCAGUCUACUUUCUCGCUGAACGUAAACACUACGGCUCCCCGCGCCGGUCAAACUGAGACGGCAGGUUGGGGUGAAUACAUCCGAAAGAGCCGAAAUCUCGACAAGAUCAGUCACCUUUCCGCACGGAUGUCACGAUCCUUCAAAGGGGUUGAGCAAAUCCGUGAAGUUUUCAAUGCGCUCCCGCCCACUCGUCACCCCGACCUUAUCGCAAAGGCAGAGCAAUGGCUUAUUGAAUGCCACCCGGUCCCUCAUCUCCCCGACCCUACUGGACAAAGCCCCACUGGCGUUGGUGGCCUCUCCCUCAUGGUGCAUGGACAACUUGAGGAGAGUGUUGGUGGCAAGAUUGAGAUCCGGAGUUUCGACCGAACCUUUAUUAUUGGCCCCGGUAACACUCCCGGUGGCAUUCGAGUUGUCAGUGAGAUUUUCUGUCUGCGCGCUUACGGUGGACACGAAGCAUGGUCUCCUGAGAUCCAGGCACUUUUCCAAGUCCCCCAGGUUGCAGCUCCCGGCCCUGUUCCCGCUGCGGCUCCUGUUCCCGCUGCGACACCUGCACCCCCCGCAGUCCUCGCAGUCCCCGCAGCUGCCCCAAGUGGCAACGUUGCUGAAGGAUAUGGUUUGCCCCGACCUGGAAAGUCCGACACCCAGCUCCAGCAGGAGCAGAUGGUCACUCAGAUGAGUGGCAAGUCGGGCAUGACCUUCGAAUACUCAGAGAUGGCCCUGGCGGGGAAUGGCUGGAAUCCCGAACUGGCUUGGAAAAACUUCGAACAGCUCAAGGCAACCAAUGCACUUCCUCCCACCGCUUUUCUUGCUCCGGCGUGA